AUGGCGACUUUGCUGGGGAAAAGUUUAUUUGAAGUCAGUGGUCAAGGUCCUGCACCCAAUAAAGACUUUUUCCAGUUUUCUGUCACCAAGACAGAGGUACGUUUUUUCGUCUUAUGUCCUCUCUAAAAUGUAAAAUAUUUGGUACAUUUUUCUUAGACAUUUCUAAGCAAGCCAUUUACUGCCUUGCCCUUUCAUUCUCUAACGCUAAUCUUUCAAUUUUAGCUAGCUAGAAUAACGUUAGCUGUCAGUAACGUUAACGUUAGAGACAUAGCAAGCUACUACUAUAUUAUAUUGUUAACUAACAAAUAAGGCUGUGCCAGCAAGCUGGCAACAAAUAGUUAGCAAAGUAAAUAGUCAGCACUAGUAACAAACAGAACAAUUUAGCUAGCUAAAUUGCUUUGCUGACUAAGUACAGUAAAACCACAUGCUCUGCAAUACUCAUAGGCCCAUAUUUUCCAGGUUAUUUGGAGAUGGUGGAAGAUUUCUUUGAGAAGUGAUGGUAGGAACACAAAGCCAGGAGAACUGAGGGAGUCUCACAAGGACUUCUUGGAUGACAGCCGGCUUCAGAGUAAGGUUCCCUGUGUAGGCGAUUCCACAACCCACCUGCUCACUAAUAGCUAGAUAGAUAAUAGCCUAGAUGCCAAAAAUAACCCUAUGCCCUCGAGUGAAGUGAAUUACCAUGCUAAAAAUGACUGCAUUGAUUGUAACCCAAUCAACCCCUAAUUAAAUGAUACUAUUCCAGUUGGCUAAGUCGUGCAGUGCCCACAUGAUUUAGGUUCACAGGUGUGUCAGAAGGGCAGUUUCCAGGAGGGCAGGGGUCGUAGAGGCAAUGGUCUAGAGCAGGGUUCUCCAAGCCUGUUCCUGGAGAGCUACCGUCCUGUAGGUUUUUACUCCAAGCCUGUUCCUGGAGAGCUACCGUCCUGUAGGUUUUCACUCCAAGCCUGUUCCUGGAGAGCUACCGUCCUGUAGGUUUUCACUCCAACCCUGUUCCUGGACAGCUACCCUCCUGUAGGUUUUUACUCCAACCUUGUUCCUGGAGAGCUACCGUCCUGUAGGUUUUUACUCCAACCCUAAUCUAGCACACCUGAUUCUAAUAAUUAGCUGGUUGAUAAGAUGAACCAGGUUAGAUACAACUGGGGUUGGAGUGAAAACCUACGAGGGUAGCUCUCCAGGAACAGGAUUAGAGACCCUUGGUCUGGAGAUUGUGUUCAUUCGCGGGUGCAGAUUUUUUGUUGACGUCUUUUACUAUAAAUACUUUUGAAAUCGCCUAGUUGCUAGGUCAGAGAGAUGGGGAGAAUCUCAAAACCCAUUGGAGAAGGUCAGAGGGGAGGGACCUCUGACUUUCUCAUCCAAUGGGGUUUGAGAAGGAGAGGGGACGCGAGGAGUCAAGGAAAUGCAAUUGAGAUUCUCCCAUGGUCUAAUGGUCUACAAAGCCCUUGUACCGGACUUUGGCUAGGUUGUUCACAGCACAAAAAAAGGUAAGCAAUGGCCCCAUUGGUGGGCAUGCUGAGGGGAGGACGGCUCAUAAUAAUGGCCGGAAUGGAGUCAAUGGAAUGGCAUCAAACACAUCAACGACGUGGUUUCCAUAUGGUUGAUACCACUCCAUUGACUCCAUUCCAGACAUUAUUAUAAGCCUCCACUGGUGUGAUGGUUUCCCAGGUCAGCUGAGUGUGGUGUUUGGCCCACGGAUCCUUCAGUACAGCCAGGCACUAUGUCAGGGUCACUAUGACUACCUGGAGCGUCUGCCCGACCCCCUGCUGCUCCACAUCCUGACCCAUCUGGAACUGGAGGACGUGGCACGGCUUGGACACACCUCACACAGGUUCAGGAAGGUGAAUGGACCCACUCUGUCUGUGUGAGACUCGGUGCAUGCAUGUACACAGUGUACGCUGUCAUACAUCAUAGGCAGUACGCUGUCUACAUCAUAGGCAGUACGCUGUCUACAUCAUAGGCAGUACGCUGUCUACAUCAUAGGCAGUACGCUGUCUACAUCAUAGGCAGUACGCUGUCUACAUCAUAGGCAGUCCACUGUCUACAUCAUAGGCAGUCCACUGUCUACAUCAUAGGCAGUACACUGUCUACAUCAUAGGCAGUACACUGUCUACAUCAUAGGCAGUCCACUGUCUACAUCAUAGGCAGUCCACUGUCUACAUCAUAGGCAGUCCACUGUCUACAUCAUAGGCAGUCCACUGUCUACAUCAUAGGCAGUCCACUGUCUACAUCAUAGGCAGUCCACUGUCUACAUCAUAGGCAGUCCGCUGUCUACAUCAUAGGCAGUACGCUGUCUACAUCAUAGGCAGUCCGCUGUCUACAUCAUAGGCAGUACACUGUCUACAUCAUAGGCAGUACACUGUCUACAUCAUAGGCAGUACGCUGUCUACAUCAUAGGCAGUACGCUGUCUACAUCAUAGGCAGUACACUGUCUACAUCAUAGGCAGUACGCUGUCUACAUCAUAGGCAGUACGCUGUCUACAUCAUAGGCAGUACACUGUCUACAUUUUUAUUUGAGUAAUUUAGCAGAUGCUCUUAUCCAGAGCGACUUACAUGAGCAAUUAGGGUUAAGUGCCUUGCUCAAGGGCACAGACAGAUUUUUCACCUAGUCGGCUCGGGGAUUAGAACCAGCGACCUUUCGGUUACUGCCACAACGCUCUUAACCACUAAGCUACCUGCCGCCUCAUAUGCAGUACACUGUGUACAUCAUAGGCAGUACACUGUCUACAUCAGGGUUGCCCAACCCUGUUCCUGGAGAGCUACCCUCCUGUAGGUUUUCACUCCAACCCUAAUCUAGCACACCUGAUUCUAAUAAUUAGCAGGUUGAUAAGAUGAAUCAGGUCAGUAACACCUGGGGUUGGAGUGAAAACAGACAGUGGACUGCCUAUGAUGUAGACAGCGUACUGCCUAUGAUGUAGACAGUGUACUGCCUAUGAUGUAGACAGCGGACUGCCUAUGAUGUAGACAGUGUACUGCCUAUGAUGUAGACAGUGUACUGCCUAUGAUGUAGACAGCGUACUGCCUAUGAUGUAGACAGUGUACUGCCUAUGAUGUAGACAGUGUACUGCCUAUGAUGUAGACAGUGUACUGCCUAUGAUGUAGACAGCGUACUGCCUAUGAUGUAGACAGCGGACUGCCUAUGAUGUAGACAGUGUACUGCCUAUGAUGUAGACAGUGGACUGCCUAUGAUGUAGACAGUGGACUGCCUAUGAUGUAGACAGCGUACUGCCUAUGAUGUAGACAGCGUACUGCCUAUGAUGUAGACAGCGUACUGCCUAUGAUGUAGACAGCGUACUGCCUAUGAUGUAGACAGUGUACUGCCUAUGAUGUAGACAGCGUACUGCCUAUGAUGUAGACAGCGUACUGCCUAUGAUGUAGACAGUGUACUGCCUAUGAUGUAGACAGCGUACUGCCUAUGAUGUAGACAGCGUACUGCCUAUGAUGUAGACAGUGUACUGCCUAUGAUGUAGACAGUAUGUGAAUCCUAUUGUAACUUUACAUGGGUAUAUCUGAGUGUAAUUACGUGUUUAUUUCCAUAUUCUGUUGAUUUCUUUUCUAUAUGUGAAUCUGUCCAUUGUUGUUUUUGUGUGUGGUUUAAACCCCUGGUUGAGUUAACUGACUGAAUGAUUGAUCGCAACCUCUGGUCUAGGUCCCUAACCACUGUUCCCUGUGCGUCUGUCAGCUGUGUCGUUCGGAGGAGUUCUGGGAGCAGGCGGUGCGCGGCCACUGCGGCUCCGUGUCGGCCGAGGUGGAGUCCCUGGCCCUGGAGCUGGGCUGGAGGAGCGUCUUCUUCACCAGCAAGCUGCAGCUGCAGAAACAGAUCAGCCGCAGGAGGAAGAAGAGCCAGAAGCUACUCCGUAAAGACACAGAGAGCUACGAUGUAGACACCAUGGUGGAGCGCAGUGAGGACCCAGAGAGCCAUGUUGCAGAUAUAGAGCCAGGUUCUGAGUUGGACCCUGGGCCGGAGCAGCUCGGUACAGACAUGCAGCGCUGUGGGGUGACUGUGGGUCAUGUUCAUGGUGUGGCACAGGGUGAUUCAGGGUAUGGAAGAGGAGACUGGAGCUCUGAUUCAGGGAGCUCACUGAAAUGA